GGACUGCGAGGGCGAGGAGAGAAGGCGCGCUUUUUCUAAACGGCAAGGUCGCCCGCCGCGUUUUCUCUCCAGUGCAAACAUUUAUAAAGUACCCAAACCUGCAAAGCUAGCCAAUUUCUGAUAAUUUUAUUUCCAUCAAUGGAUAAUUCUCAACUCCAAGCUUUUCAGAUAAGGGAUCGCAGACCCGACGCUCUCGGCAACCUCAAAGUCCUUCCCGAUGAGCUCGUCUGUGCUAUUUUGGAGAAUCUUACUCCUCGAGAUGUCGCUCGUCUCUCUUGCGUCAGCAGUGUGAUGUAUAUAUUAUGCAAUGAAGAACCGCUAUGGAUGAGUUUAUGCCUCAACAAGGUUAAUGGUCCGCUUGAGUACGAAGGAUCCUGGAAGAAAACAACGCUGCAUUUAGAGAAUGUGCCAGAUGAAUAUAAAGAACGUUGUGGAAAACAACUUCAUUUUGAUGGUUUCAACUCUUUAUUCUUGUAUAGAAGAUUUUACAGGUGCAAUAUCACAUUGCGUGAGUUUUCAUUUGAUGUUGGAAAUGUGGAAAGAAAGAAAGGCCUCUCUUCAGAAGAAUUUUUCUCUCAGUAUGAUGGGACAAAACCGGUUUUACUUUCCGGAUUGGCUGACGAUUGGCCAGCGAGGAAUACAUGGACAAUUGAUCAGCUGUCAAUGAAAUAUGGAGAUAAAGCUUUUAAAAUUUCUCAGAGGAGCUCUCGGAAAGUUUCAAUGAAAUUCAAGGAUUAUGUCUCAUACAUGAACUUUCAGCAUGAUGAGGAUCCACUAUAUAUUUUUGAUGAGAAGUUUGGGGAAACUGCACCCGGCUUAUUGAAAGAUUACUGUGUGCCUCAUCUAUUUCUAGAAGACUUUUUCGAGGUCCUAGAUAGAGAACAGCGACCACCCUUUAGAUGGCUUAUUAUUGGACCAGAGAGGUCUGGUGCAUCUUGGCAUGUUGAUCCUGCACUCACCAGUGCCUGGAAUACUCUUCUAUAUGGUCGUAAAAGGUGGGCUUUGUAUCCCCCUGGUAGGGUACCCAUGGGUGUCACAGUACAUGUAAAUGAAGAAGAUGGUGAUAUAAAUAUUGAUACUCCAUCAUCACUGCAGUGGUGGCUAGAUUUUUAUCCACUUCUUGCUGAUGAAGACAAGCCAAUAGAGUGUACCCAGCUUCCAGGGGAGACAAUUUUUGUUCCAAGCGGAUGGUGGCACUGUGUCCUAAAUCUUGAAACAACUAUUGCUGUUACACAAAACUUUGCAAAUUCCAAAAACUUUGAAUAUGUAUGUCUGGAUAUGGCACCAGGUUAUCGUCAUAAAGGAAUUUGCCGUGCUGGAUUUUUGGCUGUUGAUGAAGACAUUUUACGAGACGUUGAAAAGAAUGCAGUGAAUCAUGAAGAUGAUCUAAGUUACCCAGACCUGACAAGGAAAGAAAAGAGGGUCAGAAUUCAAAAACUCAGAGAAGAUCCUGAACAAGAGACAACUACUCAUGGUGACUCUAAAAUUUAUGAGUUGUGGAGACGAGAUUUUUCUUAUGAUAUAAAAUUCUUAGGCAUCUUCUUGGAUAAGGAGAAAGACCAUUAUAGUUCGCUAUGGAGCCCAGGAAAUUCCAUUGGACAACGAGAAAUGAGAGAAUGGCUAUCCAAGCUUUGGAUCGGAAAAACAGGAAUAAGAGAGCUUAUAUGGAAGGGAGCAUGUCUAGCACUAAAUGCGGACAAAUGGUUCAAUUGCCUAGCAGAAAUUUGUGCAUUCCACAAUUUGCCUCUUCCCACAGAUGAUGAAAAGCUUCCUGUUGGCACGGGUAGCAAUCCUGUUUAUCUCUUAGCUGACCAAGCAGUUAAAAUCUUUGUUGAAGGAGGUCUGGAAGCUUCAAUGUAUGGUUUAGGCACUGAGCUUGAGUUUUACUCUAUGUUGCAUAAAGUCAACUCUCCUCUGAAAACUCAUGUUCCUGAAAUUUUGGCGAGUGGAGUUCUUUACCUUGAGAAUGGAACUUACAAAAUUGUGCCUUGGGAUGGCAAAGGAGUGCCUAAUGUGAUUGGAAAAUGCAAUUUUAUUCCAGUGAAUUGCAAAGAGGAUGAUUUUCCUUUUGGUUUGUGGGCCAAGAAACAGUAUGAGUGCAUAAAAGCUGGGAUGUCAAUAAAUGAACAGACAAAUUCAGCUGGAUGCACACAGAUAUGGCCAUUUAUCAUCACAAAGCGAUGCAAGGGAAAGAUAUUUGCUGAAUUAAGAGAGAGACUGUCAUCGGAAGAUACUCUAAAUUUGGCUUGCUUUCUGGGAGAGCAGCUGCGUAACCUUCAUCUUUUACCCUAUCCAUCUAUCAAUAAGUCAACUUUCUCAGAUAUUAAACAAAAAAUGGAAUUGCCCUUUGCUAAUGGUUCCACAGAGGAUACUCCCUAUAAAUCUGACAUUCCUGCAGAAUGGGAAAUCUUCAUCAGAACUCUAUCCAGGAAGAAAAGGAAUAUCAAAAGCCGGUUGACAAAUUGGGGAGAUCCAAUCCCAGAAACUCUCAUACAGAAAGUUCAUGAAUAUAUCCCUGAUGAUUUUAGGAAGUUGGUGGAUUCAUACCAGAAUGAAAAUGAUGUGUGCAAAAUCUGUAAACCUUGCUCCUGGAUACACUCGGAUAUUAUGGAUGACAAUGUUCACAUGGAACCAAAUUGUGUUAGCUAUUGCUUGAGUGGAAACAAUGCAGAUGCUUGUCUGAUGGAUAGUGACUCGAAUGGCUACAAAGAUGUUAGAGAUGAUAAGUCAUGGAGUCCCAGCUACAUUCUUGAUUUUAGUGAUCUUUCUGUUGGUGACCGCAUUUAUGACCUGAUACCUGUAUACUUGGAUGUAUUUAGAGGUGACUCCAGUCUUCUUAAAAAAUUUUUGGAGAGUUAUAAACUACCUUUGUUGACAAGCGAGUAUGAAUCAGUGAAGAGCAGUAACAAGUUUGGACGACUUUCAUAUCAUGCCAUGUGCUACUGUGUCUUGCACGAAGAGAAUGUCUUGGGGGCUAUUUUCAGUAUAUGGAAGGAACUCAGAAUGGCAAAUUCGUGGGAGGAGGUUGAGCUGACUGUGUGGGGGGAACUAAACGACUACAAGGGCAUCUCUUGAUGGCUUGCUGCUCGUUUAAUCGGGUGACUAACAGUUUCUGAUAAAUUUAACAAUUGGAUUUAUACCUGAUAGAAUGGUCAUUGUAUUCUUUUUCUUUUGUAAUUAAAUUAUAGGUAUCCUCUCCAAAAUUCAAUUAACGUGUGAUUAGAAAUUCGAAUCAUUACUCAAUUGUCUUGACAUUACAAAAAUGUUGACACAAUAAUGUAUUGUAACAAUCAUUUACCUUACGUCUGUAACACAUGAGCAUUAAAUUCAUUUCAUUUAUAAAUGAAAAUUUUUAUGUUUGAUAUUUUUAA